AUGGUGUUGUGGGAAUCUUCCCCAGCUCGGCAGUGCAGCAGCAGCAGCGGUGGCGGCGGCGGCGGCAGCAGCAGCUGGACACUUUGCGAUUGCUUUUGCUGGUUGCUCCUGCCGGUGAUGUUACUCAUCAUAGCCCGACCGGUGAAACUUGCAGCGUUCCCUACCUCCUUAAGUGACUGCCAAACGCCUACUGGGUGGAAUUGCUCUGGUUAUGAUGACAGAGAAAAUGAUCUCUUUCUCUGCGACACCAAUACCUGUAAAUUUGAUGGGGAGUGCUUAAGAAUUGGAGACACCGUGACUUGCGUCUGUCAGUUCAAGUGUAACAGCGACUAUGUGCCUGUGUGUGGCUCCAAUGGCGAUACUUAUCAGAACGAAUGCUACUUGAGACAGGCUGCCUGCAAACAGCAAAGUGAAAUCCUGGUGGUGUCCGAAGGAUCGUGUGCCACCGAUGCAGGCUCUGGAUCUGGGGAUGCAGGAAGCGAAGGUUCUGGAGAAACCAUCCAAAAGGAAACUUCCACCUGUGACAUUUGUCAAUUUGGGGCAGAGUGUGAUGAAGAUGCAGAGGACGUUUGGUGUGUGUGCAACAUUGACUGUUCUCAAACCAACUUCAAUCCCCUCUGUGCUUCGGAUGGGAAAUCUUAUGAUAAUGCAUGUCAGAUCAAAGAAGCAUCUUGCCAGAAACAAGAGAAAAUUGAAGUCAUGUCUUUGGGUCGAUGUCAAGAUAACACAACCACCACUACAAAGUCAGAAGAUGGACAUUAUGCAAGAACGGAUUAUGCAGAAAAUGCAAACAAAUUGGAAGAAAGCGCCAGGGGAAUCUACAUUCCUUGUCCAGAACAUUUUAAUGGCUUGUGCAUGCAUGGAAAAUGCGAACAGUCUGCUAAUAUGCUGGAACCAUCUUGCAGGUGUGAUGCAGGCUACACUGGGCAACACUGUGAAAAGAAGGACUACAGCGUGUUAUAUGUGGUUCCAGGCCCUGUACGAUUUCAGUACGUCUUAAUAGCAGCAGUGAUUGGAACUAUCCAGAUUGCUAUUAUCUGCGUUGUCGUCCUCUGCAUUACAAGGAAAUGUCCCAGGAGCAACAGAAUUCACAGGCAGAAGCAAAACACAGGGCACUACAGUUCAGACAACACAACAAGAGCAUCGACCAGGUUAAUUUAAAAGAGCGCAUGUUUCCACAAUGGCAAAAGUAAACUGCAGAGAGCUUGGACUUACAAAAAUACAGUAUUAUAGACAAAAGAUCUACACAUGUUGCCUUGCAUUUGUGGUAAUCUACACCAAUGAGAAAAAA